AUGUUCAAAAAUACAUUCUAAUCAGGUUUCUUAUCAAUAUUAUAUUCUAUUGGUUCAAAACCAUUAUAAAUUUGGGACAAAAGCAUAAGAAAUGGUCAUAUAAAAAGAAUAACUGAUUAAGAUAUUCUAUCAAGUGUAUUAGAAAUAAUGGGAACUAACGUAUCAACAAAUUUCAUAACUGCGCCAGCUGACCCAAAAGAAACAUUAGGGAUAAAGCUUCCAUUUUUAGUAAUGAUAAUAAAGAAUUUGAAAAAAUAUUUCACUUUUGAAGUAUAAGUACUAGAUGAUAAAAAUGUAAGAAGAAGAUUUAGAGCUUCUAAUUAUUAAUCAACUACUAGGGUUAAACCAUUUAUUUGUACUAUGCCUAUGAGGUUAGAUGAAGGUUGGAAUCAAAUUCAAUUUAAUUUAUCAGAUUUUACAAGAAGAGCCUAUGCAACAAAUUAUAUAGAAACUUUAAGAGUUUAAAUUCAUGCAAACUGUAGGAUUAGAAGAAUCUAUUUCUCAGAUAGAUUGUAUUCUGAAGAAGAAUUACCUCCAGAGUUUAAAUUAUUUUUACCAAUAUAAGUAAUUUUUAUAUAUUAAAAUUGA